AUGCUUCGUCUCAGGUUGGCUCUGCUGCCCCUGUUGGCGAUUCAUGGCUUUGCCGAAUCAUCAUAUCAAUAUGGCGGUCAGACUAGCUCAGCAUGCGAGCAGGCAUGCACACAACUUCGGACCCUUCUUCCGUCCAACACUUACUAUACUAACGCUACCGUUAAUCCCUACUGGGCCGGACAGAUCCAGGAUAUUCAACCUACCUGCUUCUUCGCGCCCUCCACAGCGGCUGAGAUCUCCACCAUCGUCAAGGUAGUCAAGAAGAAUCGUUGCCAAUUUGCCAUCCGGAGUGGCGGCCACUCAGGCAUUCCCGGGGCAAACAACCUCGCGGGCGGUCUGGUCGUUGAUCUCGGUCGCUUGCGCGAGGUCACGCUCUCCGCUGACAAGCAAAGCGCGCGCGUGGGCGCUGGCAGUCGGUGGAGUGAUGUCUACAGCCGCCUAGACCCAUACAAUGUCACCGUCGUCGGCGGUCGCGUGGCUUCGGUCGGCGUUGGUGGUCUCUUGCUUGGUGGUGGCAUCAGCUAUUUCUCGGGCCUGUACGGUUUCGCUUGUGACAAUGUCCUCAAUUAUGAAGUCGUUCUCGCCGACGGCUCAAUAGCCAAUGCCAAUGCCGACUCGCCACAAUAUGCCGACCUCUUUCGUGCGCUCCAGGGCGGCACCAACAACUUCGGUGUCGUCACGCGCUUCGACCUCCGAGCGUAUCCCUACCAAGGCGUCAACGGCGGCCUCGUGGUGUGGCCAGACGCGCCGCAGGUGGAGUCGGAGGUUGUUGACGCCUUUGUCUCCUUCGCCCAACAUGCACCUGGGGAUGCUCGCGCGCAUGAUUUCCUCGCCAUCACAGGUCAACCCACCGGUGAGUAUAUCUGGAGCGCCGGCCUAUACUAUACAAAACCCUACACAGAACGCCCAACUAUCUUCGACCCGUUCUACACCGCGCACCUAAACGCAACCACGUUGGUCUCCACCCUACGUAAUACCAACCACACAGACCUCACAUGGGAACUCGAAAACACCGCCCCCUACGGCGCGCGGAAUCAAUUUUGGACCAACACCUACCACGUCGACGCCGCUCUCAUACACGACAGCGUCGCCAUCUACCGCGAGGAGUCCGCUCGCGCCAAUGCUGCCCUGGUCUCCCGCGGCUUCCCUAAUGCCUCAACCUCCUACUCCAUCCAGCACCUCACCAGCGAGAUCCUUACGCCCGGCUCUUCCGGGCCCACCCGCGCACGCAACGUCCUCGGUCUAUCUGCCGCCGACGCGCCGUUGGUUCUCGUUAGCGUGACCUCGCCCUGGACCUCGGCCGCCAAAGACUCGAUUAUCAUUGGGAGCAUGCAGCGGGUCAUCGCGCGUACAGAUGCCCUGGCGCGCCAGCGUCGGUUGUCGCAUGACUUCAAAUAUGCGAAUUAUGCACACCCGGGGGCGAAGGUUUUUGAAGGUUAUGGGGCGGCCAACCAUGCUUUCCUGAGACGCGCGUCGAAGAAGUAUGAUCCUGAAGGGAUUUGGCAGAAAUUGGUGCCUGGAGGAUUCAAGUUGUAG